UGGAAGGCCGGGGGCCUGUCGCCCUGCCACUUGUGCUGAGUUGUGUGAGCUCGUAAGAGAACGGCCGCCAACCAUCGAUGAAUUCCACAACAGGAGUUGGAUUUGGUUCGAUGGAUUUGAAGGACCAUAUCAAACAAGAGCAGAGCCAGCAAAUGCCUGAUGCCACCUGCAUUGUUUGUGAGGCUGUUUCUCCAGGGAGCCUGCCAGCUCUGGAGACUAUCUGCAUGCCAUCUGGCAAACCCUUGGCUGAGCAACUGUGUGCAAGCCUGGAUGGCUGCCUGCUGCCAUUGCUCCCAGAGCAUGUGGUGUGCUUCUCCUGUCAGCAAAUUGUUCUUCAGCUUGAUCAGCUGUGGAAUGAUGCUGACAUGCUGCAAAUGGAGCUGACAACUAAGUUUGUCAAGGCACAUGCACAGGUGGAUGGUUCUAUUCCACGGCAGGACAAUAGCAACCAGUCUCCGGACGAGCCCCCCUCCCCGACGGACGCGGAGCCUGAGUGCCCUGAACCGGCUCGCGAACCGGCCACCGAGGAGGCUGCCAUGGUGCCCAGCGCGGCCUGGCCGACGGUCGGGACCGCGCGCCGGCCAAACCGAACCACCAGGAGCGGGCCGAAGACGUGUCCGCACUGCGGCCGCUCCUACAAGCGCUGGCGCGACCUGGACACGCACCUGAGCGUGCACACGGGCGCGCGGCCGCACCAGUGCGCCGAGUGCGGCCGUCAGUUCGCCUCACAGCGACGGCUGGUCGACCACCAGCGCGGCCACGGCGAGGGCUGGCCCUGCCCCCUCUGCGACAAGGUUUUCCGACACCCAUCGGGCCUGCAGCAUCACCGCCGGCAGCACGAGACACCUCGCCCGCCCGUGCCCUGCCCGCUGUGCUCGCGCCCUCUGGCCGGGCCGGCGCAGCUGCGCGCGCACAUGCGCACGCACACCGACGAGCGGCCGUACCAGUGCACCACGUGCGAGCGAUCCUUCCGCCAGGCGUCAACGCUGCGCGUUCACAUGCGGGUGCACACGGGCGCGCGACCCUUCACGUGCGACACGUGUGGGAAGGGGUUCCGCGGCCGUGCGGCGUUCAUGAGCCACCUGCAGACGCACGGCACAGUAGCGGCGCGCUUCGCGUGCGACACGUGCGGCAAGGCGUUCUUCUACCGCAGCAAGAUGGAGCAGCACCGCGCCACGCACGGCGGGGAGAAGACGUGCUGCUGCGAGGUGUGUGGCGUCACGUUCGCCACGCUCGUGUCGCUGGCCCGCCACAAAGUGUCGCACAGCGCGCAGCGGCCGCACGGCUGCCGGCACUGCGGCAAGCGCUUCAAGGAGGCGGGCGUGCUGCGCAAGCACGAGCGGCAGAUGCACUCGACGGCGGCUGCGCACGUGUGCGCCGUGUGCGGCCGGCGCUGCGCCGGGCCCUUCAAGCUGCGCGAGCACAUGCGCACGCACACGGGCGAGCGGCCGUUCGCGUGCGACCAGUGUCCGAAGGCGUUCACGCAGGCGGUGCACCUGAGCACGCACCGGAGGGCGCACCGGUCGCAGGACACGGCGGCGUGAGCCGGCUGCCGGGCGGCGGGAUGCGGCUCCACCGCCCCCUCGUGACGUUCUGAUGAGUUGGGAACUGCUGAUUGCGGUCGUAGUCCUGGCCGGACUGCCGCUCGUAAGCCGCGGCGUUGUUACCGACUGAUUCCCCCGUGCCAACGCGAGCAUGGCACUGUUGCGGUCGUGGUCUUGGCCCGACUGUGGCUUGUAAGCCGCGACGUAGUUAACGACUGACUCCCCGCGUGCCAACGCGGGCAUGGCACAGUUGCGGUCGUGGUCCUGACCCGACUGUGGCUUGUAAGCCGCGACGUUGUUGUCGACUGAUUCUCCCUGUGCCAACGCGGGCAUGGCACAGUUGUGGUCGUGGUCCUGGCCCGACUGUGGCUUGUAAGCCGCGACGUUGUUGCCGACUGAUUCCCCCUGUGCCAACGCGAGCAUGGCACAGUUGCGGUCGUGGUCCUGGCCCGACUGUGGCUUGUAAGCCGCGACGUUGUUGUUUUCCGACUGAUUACCGCUGUGCCAACGCGAGUGUGACAGUGACUGCCUUACGUGCUGGACUGCGGCAUGUUCGUGCGUGAUCGUACUUUAAGCCUAGGGGCCCCCAGCGGUCUUCGUUGUACCAUUACAAGGAUAUUGGUGUUCACAUA